AUGGAGUUGCAACCGAGAGCGAGCUCAAUCAUUGCCAAAGGGCUAUGGAAGAUUGUGAAAAUCGCUUUUGUUAUGAUCAGGAAAGAGCUGAUGUCCAAGAGAGAGAUUAUUGAUGAUAUGAUCGACGGGGCGAAGGACAAGAAGCUCAUGAGAAAAUCGCUAAGGAGUCUUAGCUUCAAUCACUACAACCGCUCAAAGAAAAUGUGCCGGGUCGGGCUCAACAGGUACGAGUACGAGUUCUCUUGCAGCAACAGCCCUAAUCCGGUCAUUGUCCACUCGGCAAAGAACAAGAGGCAACGCUUUCCCUGCAUGAGGCUCCUUAAAGUUAUUGAAGACUUUGCGGAGGACGAGCCUGGGUACCCUGAGACGCUCUUUUUCGUGGCGAAGACUCCUGAGUACACGUUCAAUAUCCAGAUCGAGCGACGCAGCCCGCUCAAAUCGCCCUACUCGGUGAGGGUCUCUAAUUAUUUUAAUUACUCAUCAGAUGAUGAGGGUGAUGGGAAAUAUGGGCAAGUGGACCACAAGGCUGAGGAAUUCAUCAGGAGGUUUUAUGACGAACUGAGGAAGUAA